GAUUCUCCCUCAAUCAAGUCAAUAUGGCUAUUGCAACUCAAAUACCAAAUACCGUUCAGUACCCCGGGGAGCAGGCCCCAAUCUGUGCUCUCGAAACCAUCGACUUCUCCCGAUUGCUUUCACAAGAGCCUGAAGAGCUUGAAAAGCUUCUUCAGUGUUGCCAGACACAGGGCUUCUUCUAUUUUGAUCUCCAAGGCCUAGAUGGACGUAGAAUUCUGCAUGAUGAACAGCAACUGCUUCAAGUUAUGCGUGAGUUCUUCAGCCAGACGGCUGAGACAAAGAUGGAAAUUGGCCUCCCAUCCCAAUCACACGGUUUUGAGCCAGUAGGCAAUCAUGCUGGAGUCUUGGAAAACACCAAGGACGGCUAUGAAAUCCUCAAGGUAUCCCGUGAUGAGUUGGCCUCACUUUCACCCAGUCUCCCAAGCGUUCUCAAGGACGACGUGAAACUAUUUGAAGGAUUUGUUGCUGGAGCAAACAUCAUAACCAAAACAAUGCUCGCUUGCCUUUCUAAUGCCCUUGGCCUUAGAGGGUCAGACAGGUUCGAAACUUUCCACCGAAAUGACCACAAAUCGAACAGCACUUUGGCUAUGUUUCGCUACAUACCGAGUGAUCUUACUUGUAAAUGCGUUGGGCACCAAAAGCAUACCGAUAUCGGCUCCUUGACCCUUCUUUUCAGCGAGCAAUGGGGUUUGCAGGUCAUGCCGCCCGGGAGCUCCUCUUGGGAAUUCGUGGCACCACGUCCUGGACAUGCGGUUAUCAAUGUUGGAGAUUCAUUGCGCUUUGCUUCCGGUCAUUCCUUGCAAUCCUGUAUUCAUCAGGUUGUACCAAUGGAUGUGGCAGAGGAUCGAUAUUCCAUCGCCUAUUUCUUGCGACCUGAAAGCGAGAAGGUUUUCAAGGAUAGUGGAGGCAGGUGGGUGACGGCAAGCCAAUGGCACGAUGAGAAGUAUGAGAUUUUUAAGCAGCCGCAUUCAGAACAGGCUGCCAAUUCAAUUUUGACUGGCGGUAUGGAAUAGGGUCGUC